AUGUCUCUCAAAAGGAAAUCCACAGACCUGGACCCUUCAAAUGCUGAGAACAUCCCUCCUGAGAUUGAUAGCGACGAUGAACGGCUAAACUACAUCGAGUGGAACUGCGACCAAGUUCGUCGACGGAUUCGCUCCUUCAUAGAAAGCGGAGAGAUGAAAAUCGGCGAGUUCCAAAAUGCACUUGGCGUCUCCUCGCGUUCCUACCUGGACUUUAUGGGCCAGAACGGCCGCGACAAGGGCUCUGGAUCAUCGACAUAUAUCAACGCGGCGCGUUUCUUCAAGAAACGCGAAUUGCAAGGCAUCAAGCCACCCCGGAAGAAGAGGGCCACCAAGGAAUCGCAGAAAAUUAUUCGUCUCGACGGGGAGUCGGACCAGAGCGUCCCCGUCUGGGACACUUGUGAUGUCGUUCGCGAAAAGAUCAAUGCGCACCUUCGUGACCCGGACGUGACCAAAGCUCAGUUCCUGCGCGAUAUCGCGAAAGCUGCGUAUCCGGGUACAGACAAGAAACUCAAUGCCAAUGUGCUCAAUGACUUUCUCUCCAAGCGUGGUGCCAAUGCGGGUAACACAAGCAGCGUCUUCUGCGCGGCGUAUGUAUUCUUCGAAAAGUUGCGAAUCAGAGAUAACAAGCCGAAAACCAAAUUUCGAGAAGAAAUGGAAGCUGUCUGGCGGCAUGAGGGUGGCUUUGAUUGUGUGACACCAUCCCAUCACGGGGUCUGGAUAACUAAAGGAGAAAGGCCAUAUGUUGACAAAUAUGGCAUGCUGAGGAUUGAACGAGUUCGAUAG